UCAUUGAGACAGAAAUAUUACAGUUGUCGGUAGAAUGGGUUCACAUGAAAUGUGUCUUUUUGUUCAUGUUUUUCUCUUUCUUGUGUACGCAUUUGCUUCUGAUCAAUAUUCCCAAGCCCAACGCGCGCGAGCUCCUAGCUUCAUGUUUCGCUCUCUUUACUCGUUCGGAGACUCUUUCGUUGAUCCCGGAAAUAAUGGCUACAUACCAACAUUUGCUAGGAGCAAUUCCCCCCCUUACGGUAAUGAUUUUCCGGAACGAAUUGCCACCGGAAGGUUUUCAAACGGACUGUUGUUCCCCGAUUUUCUUGCAUACUACAUGGGUGUUGAGACUUACCAGCUUCCGUACUUGGGCCCAGAUAUUGAUUUUCAAGACUCAGUGACCGCAAUCAGUUUCGCCUCCGCCACUAGCGGAUUUGAUCCCAACACUGCCAACAAGACCAACGCAAUCCAAAUGUGGGUGCAGCUGGACUACUUCAAAAAGUACAAAGCCAGACUCCAGAAGAAAAUGGGGAAGAAGAAAGCCAAUAAUCAAAUCAAGCAAGCCCUGUUUUAUGUCAACGCCGGAUCAGACGAUUUCGCUUUCACUUAUUUUCAGGAUGGUGCCGGCGGGCAAACGAGACAGAGUCCUCGUGAAUAUGAGCAAUUCUUGCUGCCUUUUAUACAGCAAUUCUUACAGGGAUUAUUGGACCAAGGGGCUGAAAAAAUCGCGGUAAAUGGUCUCCCACCGUUGGGUUGCAUCCCUAUUGGUAUCACUCUGCUUCCUAAAAAUCCAACAAAAUCUCAAGUUGACAUUAGUCCGAGGAAACGCAAGUGUCUCGAUUAUGUGAACGACAUAUCGAAAGAUUUCAAUGCUUUGCUCCGGGAAGCUUUGGAGGAACUGCAGAGUCAAUCGCCGAAUACAAAGAUUACCUACAUCGACUUUGAAAAAUCGCUACUCCGAAUUAUACAGAACCCAUUUGAUUACGGUUUUACCGAGGUGAGCAAGGGUUGCUGCGGGACUGGACUUUACGAAAUUGGGAUACUAUGCAACCAAACAACUCCAGUGUGCGCAGAUGCGUCCAAGUACGUGUUCUGGGAUGCAGCACACCCAACUGAAAGGGCAUAUGAAAUAAUUUUCAACAGCAAUGUAGCAGCCAUUGAUGGAAUCAUUGGGAGCUAAAUUCUGAUCAUCCUUGUCGAUCGAAUUUAAGCACACGAGCACAAGUGUUUAUAAGCACAUAAAUAUUACCAAGAAUUUAAAUAAUUUGCGAUUCCGCAAGUGCAGUGGGAUAAUGUACCAUGUUAUCUAUCAGAAUCAAGAAAUAUCAUGUUGGUUAAGCUUCAGGAAAUUAAAUGCCUUUGUCAAGUUUUCCUUAAUAAAAUUUUAUUGCCGAUAAAAAAAAAAAAA